AUGUCUGGGCAAAGGAGCCGUGGGGGGUCUUCUGAUCACCAGAGGCGGACCCGCAACCGCAGCCGCACCACCAGAGCCGACUUGACCUUCUCUGUGAGCCACCUGGAGCGCCUCCUGCUGGACGGCCACUACACCCAGCGUCUCAGCCCCAACGCCCCCGUGUACCUGGCGGCCAUCAUCCAGUACCUGACGGCCACCGUCCUGGAGCUGGCGGGCAACGAGGCCCAGAAAAUCGGCUGCAGGCGCAUCACCCCAGAGCUGCUGGACAUGGCGAUCCACAACAACGCACUGCUCAGCGGCUUCUUCGAGAACACCACCAUAUCCCUGGCUGCCCCGGGCAGGCAGUAGCUUCCCGACAUGGCCCGGGGUCCCGGGCCCCCACCCCUCCCAGCCCAGGCGGCCUGGCGCCUUGGGCAAAGUUAUUGAAAAUAAAGUGUUGA